AUGGCUGAAAACCGAGGAAUGAAGCGCAAAAGAAACGAGGCACCAAAGGAGAAGGAUUUAGGUGUAAAAAUUGGUGGAAAAUUGCAUCACGAUUUAAAGGAAGCCAAAAAAGCGGCAAAGAAGGCCAAGACUUUUGAGACUCAGAAGCUUGUAAAGAAACUCAAGACGUUACGAAACAAAAAUGAAGAUUACUCGCAAAUAACGGAGUGCGAAUCCGAGUUGGAUGAGCUCAAGGGUCUGAAUCACGAGGCUGUAGCAAGAACUGCGCUACGGUCGAAACUGCUCAAAGACAGGAUACUCGCCGGAAAUGAGCACGUACAAGCUGCGUUGUCAGACCAGCUCCAGUCUAAUCUUCUGGGCGGGAGUACCAAAGUCCAGAGCCGUAUCCUCAGCUCCAAGGUUCUCGCUGUUGAAAUUGCCAAUAUCAUUGAGAGUCUUCGAGCGGUUAUCCUUCCUCCUGACUGA